AUGAAGAAUCACAGUUUUUCACUCUCCUCCACCCUUAUCCACUUCUACCCUUUAGCAGGAAAUCUCUCGUGGCCUCAUGAACCCAACCAGCCCACAAUCUGUUACACUGAAGGAGACUCAGUCUCAUUCACCGUUGCUGAGUCCGACGUCAACUUCUAUCAUCUCGCCUCCAACAACCUAAAAGACGCCACAGAAUCAUGCUUUCCAUCAGAUUCCAUCACAAGCGUAGCCAUCCAAGUCCCGUCAACACCCAAUAGUUUUCUAGGAAACUUCUCACACUCUACUUACAUGCUUCGUAUAGAGGUUUUAGCAUUUGCGAGUCCAUUUGGACCUAUUGUUCCCACGUUAGCAAUACAAGUCACCGUUUUCCCAAAUAAUGGCUUUUGUAUCGCGGCAACACAUCACCAUUCGGUUUGCGAUGGAAGAGGAUUUACCCACUUUAUGAGGACAUGGGCUUCAAUCUCCAAGUUCGGAGCUGAAUCUCUCUCACUCGAGUCCCUACCAUUCUUAGAUAGAACUGCAAUCAAGGAGAACAACGGUAUCAAAAAGAUAAUCUUGGAUGAUUUGGACAGAUUCAUGGGUUCCAAAUUCGUGUCCGGGAAUAGAAUAUUAAGGGUGAUGGAUAUCGAACUCAAACCCAACAUGGAUUGGGUCUUCGCUCAAUACAAGAAGGAUGAACAAACACCAAAACAAUCAAUUCCUCCAUCCAGAUUGGUGGCGAUUUGCGCUUACACUUGGAUUUGUUUGCUUAAAGCUAAAGCUAAAGCAAAAGCAGGAGUUGCGGUGGCUGCCCAGUUGAUAGGAGAUGCAAUUUAUGAGGGGCGCCAAGCAAUUUUGAGAGGCCUAGAGCAUAGUGUUUCACGCUUGUUGAAUAUAAAGUUUAGACACCAAUUGGGUGCCGCAGGAUCACCACAGUUUGGGAUUUACAAGACAGACUUUGGGAUUGGGAGGCUAAAGAAGGUGGAGAUGGCAUCCAUUGAUAGAACAGAAGCAAUGUUUCUAAAAGAGAGCUCUAAUGAAGAAGGUGGGAUUGAGUUUGAUUUGGUUCUCAACAAAAAGGAAAUGAAUGCCUUUGUUUCUGUGUUUGUUGAUGGGCUUAACGCUCUGAAUGAGCAUUCUUUAAGCCCCUCAACCCCUCGCUCCCUUCUUUAG